AUGCCCAGUGUGUGUGUUUGCUGCAAGGAACGUUCAGCAACAUUAGUGAGACCAAAAUCGGGCGAAGCUUAUUGUAAAUUGUGUUUUUUUGAUGCAUUUGAAAAUGAAAUACAUGAAACUAUUAUUAACGAAAAUUUAUUCAAGCCAGGCGAAACAGUUGCGAUUGCGGCAUCGGGAGGCAAAGAUUCGACGGUGUUGGCUCAUGUUAUGAAAUUGUUGAAUGAACGUCAUUCGUAUGGGCUUAAAUUAGUUUUAUUAUCGAUAGAUGAAGGCAUAACUGGUUAUCGUGAUGACAGUUUAGAAACAGUGAAACGAAAUCAAAUUCAGUAUGAUUUACCAUUAAUUAUUUUAACAUACAAAGAUCUGUAUGGGUGGAGUAUGGAUGAAAUCGUUAAAGUCGUUGGCUUGAAAAAUAAUUGUACAUUUUGCGGUGUAUUUCGUCGUCAAGCAUUAGAUCGUGGUGCAAUGAAAUUAAAUGUGAAUAAAAUCGCAACCGGUCAUAAUGCUGAUGAUAUAGCGGAAACUAUUUUAAUGAAUAUUUUGCGUGGUGAUAUAGCACGUUUAAAACGAUGUACAGCCAUUAUUACUGGUGGGGAUAAUGAAACAGAGAUUGAAUUUGUUCCUCGUUGUAAACCGUUGAAAUAUGCCUAUGAAAAAGAAAUUGUACUGUAUGCAUUUUACAAGAAAUUAGAUUAUUUUUCAACCGAAUGUUUAUAUUCCCCGAAUGCCUAUCGAGGUAAUGUAAGAACAUAUAUCAAAGAUUUAGAACGUCUAAGACCAUCAGCAAUUAUCGAUAUUAUACAUAGUGGAGAACAAUUAAUAAUAAAAAGUAAUUGUAAGAUGCCUACACAAAGAAAUUGCGAACGAUGUAACUAUUAUUCAUCAAUGGCCGUGUGUAAAGCCUGUGUACUUAUUGAAGGAUUAAAUCGUGGACUUCCUAAAUUAGGAAUUGGAAAAACGGAGAGACUCAGAAAACAAUUAAAGAAUAAAGAAGAUACGGAAAAAAUGUCUAUCUCUUCGCUAGAUGAUACGUCUACUUCAGUAUGCUGUAGUGAAAAUUCAUUGUGUCAUUGUAAAGAACGUUUCAAAGAUUUAACAACAAAUCCAACAUGA